AUGGUGUCUGGGUUGGACCCGGAGACAGGCGCCUAUGGCUACAAGCCCAGCCAUGUGCUCCCGAUUGUCUUUGCGGUCGUGAUGAGUGUCUCACUUAUCUCACAUACCUACCAAAACUUCCAUUAUCGGUUCUGGAGAGUCACCUUCUUCAUGUGCUGGGGUGGACUUAUCUAUGUCACAGGAUGGAUCUUACGCGCCAUCUCCAGCCACCAUCCUACCAACGUCAACCUCUACAUUGCCCAGUACAUCUUCAUUUAUGCCGGCCCGCCCGUUUAUUCGGCUGCGGCGUACAACCUUCUGGGUCGCAUUAUGAACUAUAUCCCCAUGUUCGCCUGGCUCAACCCGAACCGAACCACCUACUUCUUCGUCUAUAUUGGGGCUCUUGUCGAAGCCCUCACCGCAGCGGGUGCGGCUCGAGCUGCCACUAGUAGCCGCGACCCCGAUAUGUAUCAAAGCGGCAUGACCCUUGUAGGGAUCGCGGUGGUCCUGCAGUGCGUUAUUGAAGGAAUCCUGGUCGGUGUAGUCGCCAUGCUCCACCGUCGCUGCCACAAGGCCAGAAUGGUCCCUCCGAAUCUGCGGAUCUUGUUUUACACGCUGUACGGCACAUCGGCCUUGGUAAUGGUGCGAUGCAUUUUCCGCGCCAUCGAAUCCAUGAACACAACGAGUAGGGACAGUUGCAACGACAUAUGUGCGGCAGUGUACGGUAAGGAAUGGCUACUUUACGCGUUUGAUGCCGCGCCUAUGGUCGUUUUCACCUUUUGGGUCAACCUACUGCACCCUGGACGCAGUCUCCCACGCGACAAGAAACAGUACCUUGACACUGAUGGCAUGUCGGAGCGGAUGGGCCCCGGUUGGAUUGAUAAGCGAUCUACCGUCGAGACAUUUAUUGAUCCGCUGGACUUGACUGGGUUAAUCAGCGGCCAGAAGUCACACAUGAAGUUCUGGCUUGAACCCGAGCAAUGGCCAGUGUGUGAAGAUAGCUUUGCAGGUCGCACUGCUUCGAGUGUGGCAGGGAGGUCCAGCCGCUCUCCUAAGGAGCGUGGUCUUGACCUGGAAGUUGUGACUGCUUGAUUUUAGUGUUGAAUUCACCCACUCUAUAUAGAUUUCUUAUGUUUGCAUC